GCACAGGUGGGUGCACUGCUGGGCACAGGUGGGGGCACUGCUGGGCACGGGUGGGCGGAGCUAGUGGGCGCACUGCUGGGCACAGGUGGGCGGAACUUGCGGGUGUCACUGCUGGGCACCGAUCAUCAGGGCACUGAUCAUCAGUGCCCUGAUGAUCGUGUGAGGAAAGUGCAGCCGAGAACCGGCACUUGCAUUUCCCUGUGAUCAGCGUGUCAUUGGACACCGCUGAUCACGUGGUAAAAGGCCGCUGUGAUUGGCCUUUUACCACAUCAUGUGAUCAGCUGUGUCCGUAGGACACAGCGAUCACGGAGAUU